GAAAUAUAAACCUUAGGUCCGUACUUCGGAGCUCAGAGGGACUCAUACCACCAUUGAGUGAGGACAGACAACAAGCAGAGAUGGGCACCUUCCUCUACUUUUCUGCUGAAACAUGGACCCUUCUGGUUGCCUUCAUCACACUGCUCCUCGUGUAUGGCUCCUGGCCUUAUAGAACAUUCAAGAAACUAGGAAUCCCUGGUCCAACACCAGUCCCCUUCUUUGGUACAUUGCUGGCUUAUCGAAAGGGUUUCUGCAACUUUGACGAAGAAUGCCACAAGAAAUACGGGAAAACAUGGGGCAUCUAUGAUGGCCGUCAGCCUGUGCUAUGUAUUACAGAUCCUGCCAUGAUAAAAGCCGUUCUGAUUAAAGAGUGUUACUCUAUUUUUACCAACCGCAGGAAUUUCCGUCUGAAUGGGCCAAUGUAUGAUGCCGUGUCCAUUGCAGAAGAUGAUCACUGGAAGAACAUCCGCAGCAUCCUCUCUCCUUCCUUCACCUCAGGGAGACUGAAAGAGAUGUUCAACAUAAUGAAGCAUCAUUCUACCAAUCUGAUCAACAACAUGAAAAAGAAAGCAGAUAAGGAUGAACCUCUAGACAUGAAGGAGUUCUUCGGACCGUACAGUAUGGAUGUAGUAACCAGCACAUCUUUCAGCGUGGACAUCGACUCACUCAACAACCCCUCGGACCCUUUUGUCACUCACAUCAAAAAAAUGCUAAAGUUUGACUUUUUGAGCCCCCUCUUCCUCGCUGUUGCCUUCUUCCCCUUCCUUGCUCCUGUGUUGGAAAAGUUUGAGUUUUCCAUUUUCCCUAAAUCUGUGACAGACUUCUUUUACGCUGCUCUCCAGAAGAUCAAGACUACUCGUGAGAACAGCAAGCAAAAGAGUCGAGUAGAUUUCCUACAGCUGAUGAUUGACUCUCAGAAAAAAAAUGACCAAAGUGGGGAACAACAAAACAAAGGUUUAAAUGAUCAUGAGAUCCUUUCCCAAUCAAUGAUAUUCAUCUUUGCUGGUUAUGAAACCAGCAGCAGCUCCCUGACUUUCUUGGCUUACAAUCUGGCAACAAACCCUGAGGUCAUGAGAAAGCUGCAGAAGGAGAUUGAUGCUACCUUCCCUGACAAGGCUCCUAUAGAGUACCAGGCUCUGAUGGAUAUGGAGUAUCUAGACUGCGUUAUCAACGAAUCCCUUCGAUUGUACCCCAUUGCCGCACGUUUGGAGCGUUUUGCCAAGGCAACAGUGGAGAUAAAUGGUAUUGUGAUUCCAAAGGGUAUGGUUGUCAUGAUCCCCACGUGGCCUCUGCAACGGGAUCCUGAUAUAUGGCAUGAGCCAGAGGAAUUCAAACCUGAGAGAUUCAGCAAGGAAAACAAGGGCUCGAUUGACCCAUAUACGUACAUGCCUUUUGGGCUUGGGCCCAGGAAUUGCAUUGGGAUGCGAUUUGCAAUGGUGACGAUGAAACUGGCAAUGGUAGAGAUCCUGCAGCAACACAGCUUCGCCGUGUGUAAGGAGACUGAGAUCCCCUUUGAGCUGGAUGUCCAGGGUCUGCUUAUGCCAAAACGACCUAUCCAGCUGAAACUGGUGCCUCGCUCUUAAUCUUCCAACCAAAAGAAGAAAGACAGAAAAAGCAGCAAAAUGAAAUAUUCUGAUUUAUUUUGUGAAGUUAACAUUCCUAAUUUGUACAAGAAUAUAAAAUGACCAAGUUAUCCUCUAAUGUGCUGUUAUUCUUAGUUUAUCAGUUCAUUUUGAGCAGGCCAGCUGGAAGUUCUUUGCACAGCACUAACCAACACAAAACUGAGGUGACACUUUGGCUAAUGAGGCUGGGUUGCAUUUAAUUACAUCCAUUAAGACAGAAAUUGGACUUUUAUGAAGAGGUUUUAAAGAUGUAAACGAUUUCCCUUACAAAGACCAUGUUUCUACAACAUAUAUACAAGACCCAAUGGAACCAACCACUUUUCUCUCAACCAUACAGUUAAAACAAGCAUCUAUCUUUAAUUGUAUAAUUGCAAAGUAAAUGGAAGUUACAGUUGAUUAGCUAUGCUAAGACUGCUGCGAGUUAUCUGAAAUAUUGUGCAAAUGAGCUGAACUCUUGCUUUUGUUUGUAAAGACUGAAUGGACUUUACAAAUGGACUGAAUGAUAAAACCAGGUUCAUACCAGCUUUGGCCUUUCUGUAUGGAAUUUCCAUGUUCUGCUGUGUUUGAUUGUUUUUUUUUCCAUGUACCCCGUUUUCUUCUUCAUUUAAAAAUACUAAGAAAUUCAAACUGCACACAAUGAUGAUAUGCUGUGAGUGCAGAAUAGCAAAUAAAGUAAUUUGUACUACC